AUUGAUCAUUCAUUCAUAUGAUUGUGUUUACUAUUUGCCAUAAUUAUACAAGAGCUUUAGAUCUUUGUAAUUGUAAGGUAUAACCGCUAACCACCCCAAAUCCAGAAUUGCAAGCUACGCCAAACCCCAAAAACUCCCCACGUACCUCUCACUCCACCACCACCCCCUCUUAUUUUCUCUGCAUGAUGUCCCACCCACAACAUGAUGAACCUCAUCAUCAUCGUCAUCAGCCUGAAAGCUCUCUCUCAUCACCAUCUUCUCUCAAAGUUCUUUCCAUUCAUCAAAUCAAACGUCAACAGCAGAAACAACCAGUAGCAGCCACCCUUAUAAAGCGCUGGAGUUGGCUGAAGUUAAAGGCUUUGUUCAUGGCGAGCCCCGGCAACUUGUCCGUUCGCACUCCAUCGGAGAUUAGAAACAAGAAACUUUCGGGGCAACGAUGGAGGGAGCUUGAAAGAGAGGUUUCUUUGCUUCAAAGAAUGCUGAACCAAGAAGAGAAAGUACACGAGGUUUUGGGCCAAGUUCAGAAUCGGAAAAAUGGUGACUCUGCUAUUUCCAUCCCAAAAUUUCUUCCUCCCAAGAUGAAGGAGAUUUUGGCAGAGCUAGCUAUGGUUGAAGGAGAAAUUGCUCGACUUGAAGGCCAAAUCAGGCAACUUCAUCCUGGAUUGAAGCAUGAACAAGAAGCUACAAAGGAAUCAAAACCCAUUCCUCGUGCAUCAAAUAUAGUAAUGCCAAGUCCCAUGCACAAAAGUGUUAACAAUGAGAGCCAGAGAAUGGCGUAUUAUGAGACCAAGGCGUUGCAUUUCAUAAGUAAAGCUAUCAAAGGUGAUUAUGAUCAUUUUAACGACCUUAGUCAGAACGAGAAAAUUGGAAACUCGAGAGGAUUUUCUGAUCAGAAAGAAAAUUAUUUCUAUGAGGAUGUUAAAUUUGGAAAUAAGUUUCCGAGAAAAAACGGAAUUUUGAGGGCACUCUCUCCCCUGCGAGCCCCAAGACAUCCAUCACCCAAGCUAAAAGAAUGUAAUCCAGGGAUUACUUCAGAACUCCAACCAAAAUCUCUACCAGUUCCAACACAAUUAGAAGAGAACAGCCAUAACUGGCAACCAAACAGGCUCUCUGAGGAAAUCAUGAAGUGCCUAAACUUCAUAUACAUUAGGCUGCUUAGAACAACAAGAACAAUGGAGUUAGAGAAGUCAGGCCCCAUUUCAAGGUCUGUCAACUCUUCUAUAACCUCAAGAAGCUUCAGAGAUGAUACCGGUAACUCAUUGUUACAAAAGGAAUCAAGGCAACAAGACCCUUAUGGCAUCUUCAAUGUGGAAGAGUGUAUUCCUAGAGACAUUGGCCCUUACAAGAACUUGGUUACUUUCACCUCAAUCUCUAUGGACCCAAAAUCCUUUUCAGCCUCCAACUCUUUUCCUUUACUAAAAAAAUUAAGGGUAUUGAUGAACGAUCUCCAGGUGGUGGAUUUGGGGUCCUUGACAUACCAACAGAAGCUAGCAUUCUGGAUCAACAUUUACAAUGCUUGUAUCAUGAAUGGUUUUCUCCAGUACGGAGUGCCUGCUUCGGUGGAAAAAUUACUCACAUUGAUGAGCAAGGCAACUCUAAAUAUAGGGGGUAAGAUUUUAAAUGCUGAAUCCAUAGAGCAUUACAUUCUGAGGAAGCCAGCACCUUCCAGUAUGCAAGAGGCGUUUCAGAAUGGUGACACAGACGAUAAAUCCGCUGUUCACGAACUCUAUGGUCUCGAUUCCCUGGAUCCCAAUGUCACAUUUUCUCUGUGUUGUGGAACUCGUUCUUCUCCUGCGGUGAGGAUAUACACAGCCGACGGUGUCAUAGCUGAGUUGGAGAAAUCAAAGUUGGAGUACCUGCAAGCAUCAAUUGUGGUGACUACCUCAAAGAAAAUUGUGAUCCCAGAACUACUUCUAGGAAACUUGCUUGAUUUUGCUGUGGAUGUGGACUCACUAGUUCAGUGGGUUUGCCACCAGUUACCAACAUCUGGAUCAUUGAGAAAAUCAAUGGUGGAUUGCUUCAGGGGCCACAUUAGCAGGGGCAAGAUUAGUACGACUAUUGAGAAAAUGUCAUAUGAUUUUGAAUUUCAGUACAUACUGGCCAUUUAGUCAAGUCCCUGGUUAAUUGUCUUGAUUUGGUGUUAACUAUCAUGUAUACCAAGUGUUUAUAUGAAUAAAUCAAGGAUUGGAUUAUGGAUA